AUGGAGAGAUGGGUAAAGACGUCUUCUGAAACUACCAUAAAAGAGUCAAUUAGAUGGGAGGAGCAAUUUAACAGGAGAAAUUUUGCACCCGGAAGUCAUUCUGACUGCCGAAGUACCCGAGGUCAGGAGGGUAGACAAUUGGCUCUCCCGCCUUUGGACUGGGUAUUCGAUGUGUCGGUUGACCGUAAACAAUUUAACCCAUUCGAAUGCUGCAUUUGGAGCUUUGUCAAGAAGCCAAUCACCAUGUUUGCCCACAAUAUCUUGGGGCUCUUAUAA